GGUGUUUGCAGUCAGAGAGUCAAAGGCAAGUGAAGGUGGAAAGACAGACGGAGCGACAGAGCGCGGGCAGCGAGGCCGCCACAGACGAGAGAGACAGACAGACGCACGGACAGUGGGUGCCAUGACGGAGCUCCAGGAAGUACAGAUCACGGAGGAGAAGCCGCUUCUGCGAGCCCCAGGAGCACCUGAUCCGGGCAAGGAUGCUGAAUUGAUAACAGCCAAACUUCUGCAGGAGCACGGCCAGAAACACACAGUGGAGACACCUUAUGGGGUCGUGACAAUCACCAUCCAUGGAACACCCAAACCCAAACGCCCAGCAAUCCUCACCUACCAUGAUGUGGGACAAAAUCAUCAUUCGUGCUUCGAUACCCUCUUCCACUAUGAGGACAUGCAAGAGAUCAUAAAGAACUUCGUGGUGAUACAUGUGGACGCGCCUGGCAUGGAGGAGGGUGCCCCGGCCUUCCCUCUGGGGUAUCAGUAUCCUUCUCUGGACCAGCUGGCUGACAUGAUUCCCUGCAUCUUGCAAUAUGUCAACUUCACCAGCAUCAUUGGAAUCGGAGUCGGAGCCGGCGCUUACAUUCUGGCACGCUACAGUCUCUCUCAUGCAGAUACUGUGGAAGGUUUGGUUCUGGUCAACAUCGACCCGAAUGCCAAAGGCUGGAUGGAUUGGGCUGCUCACAAGCUGACCGGCCUCACAUCCUCCAUCUCUGAGAUGAUCAUGGCUCAUCUCUUCAGCCCGGAGGAACUGUCCAAGAACAAUGAGAUGGUGCAACAACAGCGGGAUAUCCUCAGUCAUGCAACCAAUUUGCCCAAUAUUCAGCUCUACUGGAGCAGCUACAACAGCCGCAGAGAUCUGAGCUUGGAGCGUGGAGGAGACAUUACUUUCAAGUGUCCUGUGAUGCUGGUGGUGGGAGACCAGGCCCCUCAUGAAGAUGCUGCGGUGGAGUGUAAUUCCAAACUGGACCCCACCCAGACUUCUUUCCUCAAGAUGGCGGAUUCAGGAGGACAACCACAGCUGACCCAGCCUGGUAAACUGACUGAGGCUUUCAAAUAUUUCGUCCAAGGCAUGGGAUACAUGGCCUCAUCCUGCAUGACGCGCCUGUCCCGCUCGCGCACCGCCUCUCUGUCCAGUGCCGCCUCGGGGGACGGGAACCGCUCCCGCUCGCGCACCCUAUCCCAGAGCAGCGAGGCGGGGGCACCCCAGCCGCCUGCCCCCACCAUGGAGGUGUCCUGCUGAGCGCCGGGCCAGGGGACGAAACCGCCUCCCACCUCUGAACAGGACUUCUGCAAUCCUACAAUGCACUCCGGCCGCUGGGCCACAUGACGAUCUCCCCUAAUGGUACUAAACGUCCAGGGAGGCCCAGAGGGGAUGCAGUUUUACUCUUUUUAAAACAAACAUUAACUUCCCCCUGACCCAUCCUUUCCCCUCAACACAUACACACCUCCCUCGCCAACCCUGCCCUCUUCUCCCCCAUAACCUAAAACUAGUUCCAGUCCCGUCCCCCCUCCACAGUUUCUUUAGUGACUCUCAGCACCUAGAAAGGUAUGGAUAGAAUACUAUGAAUUUUCUAAACUGUUUAGACCCUCCGCACCUUCUCUAAAUUUCUCUUUUGUCCUCCAUCCCCUUGCACACUUGAGUUUUCCUUAAUAAGGGAGGUCUGGAGUAUCGUUGGGCUUUUCUUUUUCUUUUGGUCUAAAAUCGUAACUAACCGUUGUUCCUUCCCCUGAUUUCUGAGUGAUACGUUCUUGGAGUAGCCUGGAUGGGCAUUGGAUUUGCCUUGCUAGCUCUCUUUGUCCCCUCUGGAUUGUACAUAGGCAAAAGCAGGACCUCACAAGAGAGACGCACAAGCCCCUAUGAGGACUUGUAUCGCUACUGUCAUGCUGACAUAGUGCUCCUGAAAUGAGAGUUGUUUCCCCACCCCACUCUUUGUGCCUUCCCACCCAUUUUCUCUGCUUUGGUUUCAUCUCCCAAGAUUUCCAUCCAUCGUGUCUGCCCAGGGAGGUUCUGGUUCCUUCUCAGGGCUUGGACAAAUUCUGUUCUCCGCUCUUACUUUAAAAAAACAUGGAUGUCCUCCAUUUUUCCUGACAUCUCUGUCUCUCUCUCUCUCUGCUUUUAUUUUGUAUCCUCCCUUUCCCCUACAUAACGUUCCUCCCUAGCCAACGGCUGCAUUGCCUAGUCAUGCUCUUCCCUUUGUAGAUGGUAGCCGCUUUGUGGUGUGCAUGUACAGUUCCUGCUGAGACAGCGAGCGAUGUUGGCGAUUAGGGGCAUUUAGGAGGCUGGGUGAGGCUGAAAUUGGGGGCGGGGGAUGUUGGGGGCGGGUGGGAUCGUUCCUCUUGGGAUGUUUCAAGGGAAUGCGAGGGGUGGGGGGACGGCUGGGGGCUUGAGCCGGAUUGCACUGUUGCAACUGUGCCAGGCACAGGUGACAACGGGCUACGAUUAUACGGGCUUCAUGUAAUGAGAUGAAUGGAGGAGACUCCGACCCGUCACCGGCUGCAGAUUUUUUGCAACAAGCGCUGACUCUGGUGGGUUCCGGCUGCUGGCUUUGAGCAGGGCUCUUGUAGUGCCGAGGAGGGUGAACUUUGCGCCGGCUUAUUCUGUAACGGGAUUCCAACUGUAUCAGUUUUCUGAAUGUUACUGGUUGUAUUAAAUAAAAUAAAAAAAACCUACAUGUUUAGAUAGUGUUUGCCACGUUGAUCUCACAGAAUAAGGAAUCCAAAAUAAAUAAGGUAAAAUAUUUUCUUUGGACCAGCUGUAGGUGAAGGUAUUCAGUAUGUAAGCUUUUGAGUGACACGUUAAUGCUUCUUUGAGCUGUAAAGAAUUCUGUGGAACCUAAAAGAUGAUGGUCCAGCUAGAAAGUCACCUUACUUAUUCCUAAAACCUGAAUAGGCACUGGGGGUUAAUGACUCAGCUGCCUGUAUAAAGGGGCAUUGUUUGAAAAGGGUUCCAGCUGGAAUUUUAACUCCCGCAUGUAAUGGGAUCCUGUUGUAUUUGAGAAUGUAUGGGCUCUGAUUUAUUUUCCCCAGAGCAGUCGAUGGUGAAUCCUGACUCUUAACAAUAAAGUCUCUAGAGAGAAA